AUGUCCGUCAUUCUGAAGCCUUCGCGGUAUAUUCUUCACAUCGAACGCCGGUAUGAUUGCCGUGCAGUCGUGUCGACGCGUCACUAUGGAUCCAGAAGCACCAAGGUCCUUGUCGACGAGAAGUGGAUGAGUUGGCUAUUUAUCGCCGAGUGGCUUGCGUUAUGUUUGAGGCGCGGGCGGCUCCGGCUGCAUUCUCUCUCCCCUCCUUCCCCUCCUCCUCCCUUCACGCCCAAUAUGCGCUGGUCCGUCUUCGGUACCGCCUCUCCCUUCACCGCCCUUGUGGCUGUUUCGCUCCUUGCUGGUGUCCAGGCUCAGACGCCCACCGAUGAGGCCAGCGAAGCUGCCAUCAAAGAUGAAACCCAGGAGUGCGCCUGGUACAACUACGACCCCGUCGCGUCGCAGGCCCACCUCUUCCCGGCCAACGCACAGCCCGCAUCGAUUGUGCAGGGCGACUCGGACGCGCAGAACGCGUUCAACUCGAUCCAGAGCAAGAUCCCGAACAUCAAGCCCAAGGGCACGCAGCCCGCGUCGCUCAUGGGCGAUUUCUCGGGCUUCACGUACGACCCGAGCGACCCCGACUGCUGGUGGACGUACACCAAGUGCACGACGCCCAAGGCGCAGGGCAUCCCGAGCGACAUCACCACGAUGCCCGAGCCCAACACGCUCGGGUACGGGUUCGACGACGGCCCGAACUGCUCGCACAACGCGUUCUAUGAUUUCCUCGAGUCCAAGAACCAGAAAGCGACGAUGUACUUCAUCGGCACCAAUGUUCAGAACCUCCCUCUUCAGGCUCAGCGCGCUGUCACCGAUGGCCACGAAAUUUGCGUCCAUACCUGGUCCCACCGUUACAUGACUUCUCUCACCAACGAGCAGGCUUUUGCUGAAUUCUACUACACCAUCAAGAUGAUCAAGCUCGCCACUGGUGUCACCCCCACGUGCUGGCGUCCUCCCUUCGGCGACGUCGACGACCGUAUUCGGGGCAUCGCCAAUGCCAUGGGCCUGACCACGAUCGUGUGGGUAUACGACUCGAACGACUGGCGUGCGGGCUACGACGGCUACACCGAGCAGCAGGUUGACCAGAACUACAUGGACCUGAUCAACAGCGCCAAGAACGGCACGUUCAACCAACAGGGCACCAUCAUACUCACUCACGAGCUCACCAACUACACGAUGUCGACCGCGGUCAAGUACUACGACCAGCUCAAGGACGCGUUCAAGUACAUCGUCCCCGUCGGUGUUGGCUACAACGUCACCCAGCCCUACAAGGAGAGCAACUACUCCCAGCCUUCGUUCGAACAGUACAUUGGUGGUCAGACCACCGUCUCCGGUGGCUCUGCUCCCCAGAGCAGCCCCGCUGGAGGUUCCUCGACGACCGGCGCCCCUGAGCCCUGGAGCACGAGUGGCUCUGGUUCCAGCUCCGGCUCUAGCUCCGGCUCCGGUUCAUCCAACGGCGCCUCGUCCUCGAUGCAUCUGGGUGCGCUCGCCGGUGCUGGAGUGUUCGCCGGUGCCCUCUUCGCCCUCGCGGCAUGA